AUUGCCUACGUCACAUCCAACAUGGCUGCCGACGUGAGUGAUAUUUUCCGGCGCUUCGUGCAAGAGAAACUUCAGCAAAUCGAGCAAGAAAGAGAGAGCAGAGAGAAGCAGGAAGCCUCUCCGAAGGAAAACGGAGCUCCAAAUGAUCAGCGCAGAGUCAUCAUCACAGAUGAUAAUGGGGCGUUCACAGAUUUCGUAGAGCCCGUUGCUGUAUCUUCUGAUAAUUCCGUACAGAAUUUAUCAGAUCAACAACACCCCCUUCUCAAGGACUCUGAAGACAAACGGCCUGAGAGCACACCGGGAGGGGAGGAAGUAGUGGGCACUGCCGCCUGCUCCAAAGGCGGUGAACAAGAAGAAGUGCCCAAUCAGGAAGGGAAGGAGAAGAAGAUGGAUAGCAGCUCCUCGGAGAGCGACAGGAGAUACGAAUCAGACAGAAAGUCGCUGUCGAGAGUGGAGGACUCGGAUGCGGUGAGAGAUGGAUCAGAGGAGGAGGAGGACAGCUCAGGAGAAGAGGAGGAUGAGAUGGCAGUCGCGUCCAAGAAGAGGAAGAAGAAACACAAACACAAGAAGAAGAAAAAGAAGCACAGACAUGAAAGGGACAAGGAUGGGAAAAGGAUCAAGAAGAGUAAAUCUCACUCAGAUAAGGACAAAGAUAAAGAAAGAACUUCUAGGUCAAGAUCUAAGUCUAAUUCUUCCUUGGAAGACGGGGAAUGUCGGUCUCGUUCGCUGUCCAAAGACAGGUUAAAAUCUCAGGAGCACAGGUCGGGUUCUGGGAAGCACUCACGUUCACGGUCAAAGUCACAUGACAGACAUCACAAGCAUAGGCAUAGGUCAAGUUCUAGGGAAAGACACAGGCAUAAAGGGAGUUCCAGACACAGAUCCAGAUCUAGACAUAGAUCCAGGUCAAGGCAGGGAUCUAGGCACAGAUCUAGGUCUAGACAUAGAUCGGGAUCACAUGAUAGAUAUAGGCAUAGAUCGAGAUCCCACGAGAAGCAUAGGCACAGAUCUAGGUCGGGGGAAAGGUACCCAAAUAGGGCGAAGGAAAGGCAUCACCGCAGCAGGUCACCCAACCAUUCCCGCUCCAGGACUCCCACCGAGAGAAUCGACAAGGCGAAACUGUUAGAGAUCGCAAAGGCCAACGCCAUCAAUCAAUUCCGCGCGGGGAUGAUUCCCGCCCACCUCCCCAUUCCAUCCAUGACCCCCGAGGAAGAGCUGGCCAAGAAGAGUGGCGGGAAGACUGUGGAGGAGCUGACCAAGUUCUGUAAGUUUCUGUCGGAGAAGGAGAAGGCCGGGGAUGAGGAUGAGAUCGUGAACAAACCUGUAACAGAGGAGGAGGAUGGGGAGGGGCCCUUCAUCCACCAUCCCUUCAAGGUCAAGGCCACCUCCACAUCUAUUGUUAUGAACAUCAAGGAUGCAGUAGCGAGGACACCUCUCAAUGCCCAGCAGCUGGCGGCCCAGAAGGCUGAGCUGUCCAAACAGUUCCCCGUGUCCAGCGGCUCCCAGCACCGUAUCAAGGAGCUGGAGUGGGUGCCGGUGGAGAAGGACGACAAACAGAAGGCCAAGGGCGCUGCCGCCUCGUCUGCCUCGGCCCUAAACAUCAGUGCAAUUGUGGGCGAGCGAGUGAAGGCCUUGAGACAACUACAGGAGAAUCCCUACGACGUCGAGGCAAUGUCCAAGAUGCACAAAGCUCAGCAACAGAUUCAGAACUGGGCAGUUUCCAGCCAGAUCCCGGGACAGUUCACUGGUACCACGGGGGUGCAGCUUCUCUCCACUCAAGAACUAGCAAACACAGGCAACCAGGCCUGGGCCAAAAAGGACAUGUUCCAGCGGCUGAACCCCGUACAGGGAGGGAUGGGCAUGCAGCUGAUGAAGAAGAUGGGGUGGAAACCAGGGGAGGGUCUGGGGAAGGGACAGACCGGUGUGCUGGAACCACUCACACUGGACGUCAAGACAGACAGGAGAGGCCUGCUUGCUCAGGGUGAGAAGCAAGGCAAGAAGUCUGGGCCUGUUCCUGUCAUUAAAGACACCACUGGGAAGGACCUGUCAGGAAAACACCCAGUGUCUGCCCUGAUGGAGAUCUGUAACAAGAGGAAGUGGAUGCCGCCAGAGUUUGUCCUGGUGCACGACAGUGGGCCUGACCACAAGAAAAACUUCCUCUUCAAGGUAAGAAUCAACAGUGAAGAGUACCAACCCACCAUAGCAAGUCCCAACAAGAAACAUGCCAAAGCCCAGGCUGCUACAGUUGCCCUCCAAGCCAUGGGGCUCAUACCAAAAGAUGCUCCCGUACCCAAUAACUAGUCUGGCUUUUCUUUCAACUACAUCAGCUAGCCUUGUGCACACCCCCCAUUGGCAAAUUUUUAGUCCAGUCCUUACAUACCCUGCAGCUAAACCAGGGACAGACCCAUUCUUGUAUGGGGGUGGUAUGGAUAGUUGAAUUGGUUGAAAGAAAGGAGACUUCUUUAAUAGAAAAAUACUCCCGCAAAGUAGACAUUGUUGUUCUUAAUGUUGGAUUUGUACAUGUAUGAAGCUAAAAAAAAGUUUCUUGCAUAAUGAAAAUAUGUAUAGUCUGAUCUCAUUAUGAAGCUUUAUUGUCAAUGCUUUACUUUGUUUUUUUCUGUUGUGGUUGUUUUAGAGAAUUUCUUGUUGCUAAGGUCUAAGAAAGACUUCUCAGUACCCGUAACAGAGAAAGAAAAUUUCUAGCUCGUCAGUUUUCUUCUACAUCUACACUGUAUGUAAUGUACACUAUAAAUUAUGAAACAGUUUAAUCAUCUACAGAUAAUAUUACAUGUCUCUUAUGAUGGGAUUCAUCAUAUCAUCAGAGUAUUUUUGUAGAAUUUCAACCAUUGUAUCACAUUCAAGUAUUGACUGUCACACAUUUAAACUUAACAUCUACUACAGUUUACACUGCAAAAACAUACAUGUAACUCCAGUAACUUCAUAACACCGGCAUUUGUAAAUGGAUAAUAGUUUUACUGAAUAGCACACCGAAAGGUUCAGAAAUAUCAUCCAAACUUUAUUUUCCGUUGAUAGUUUUAAUAGAACUUUAUAUGUGUUUUCUUUGUCAAAUUUUCUCAUUGAAAAUGCAAUGGAACUUCAGCAGAACUCUGUGCAAUGUGUGACAAAUGGUUCAUGAUUUUUGUACUUUCAUUUUUCUGUCAAAACACGUGUCUUAUCAUAUCACUCAUGCAUAUUUUUGGAACUGAUCAAUAUGCUAUUACAGGUUUCAUACUCUUUUUAACUUUUUUUUUUAAUGAAAGAAUUUUGAGCAAAUGCUACUCUGUAUUGUCCCCACAAGUGUAUUUCUCUAUUUUGUCAGAAUGGAAGAAUAUCAUCAUCAAAUUUGAGCUUGGAUUAUUUGAUAAUACAUAUACAUGUAUGUUUGUUGCAUACUAUGGGAUACUAGUACCAAGACAUAAGUGUACACCAUACAUUAUUAAACUCUACAUAGACAGAUAUUGUUUUGGUACUGUUGUCCCCAUUUUUCAGUAUUUAUUGUAACCUCAGCUCUGUUCUUUGAUCAAUUUGUUUAGAUCUGUUCUCCUUGUUUUUAAAGAGAGGAACGGACUCUUGUGCAUUUUGAUGAUGAAAGAAGGUGUAUAAUUAUAGUAUGUACAGUAUGUAGGCAUUGGUGCUCCGAUUUCGAAAGUGUAGAAAAUGUGAAAUAAUGUAGAAUGAAUGAUCUUACCUUGAACAUUUCUCUGUUUACAUACAAAAACAUCAGUAGUGUCUUAUGUAAAUGAUGGUCUGUGUGCUAUUUCUUCUAAGUCCUGGUUUCUUAUCUUUCUCAUUGACAAUACAUUUUUGCUGCUAUGCUACAUUGUAUAUUCUGUAAGUUUAGCAGAAAAUUUGUCUUUAUCUGAAUCAUCUUGGCAGAGGCAGUAAGAGAACUGGUUUUAUUUAUCUGUUAUAACUUAAGCUUUGGUGCACACUAGACUGUAGUGAUCUAAGAGCCUAGAAAAAUAAAUGCUCAGAUUCCACC